GUCCCUAGUGCGCAUGCGCCAAUCUCCAACCUCACCGACCAUCAGCAGCAGCGGUGGCGAAGAAGCAGUUUGGGAGUUCAAAAUGGCUGCCCCGACAUUGGUGGAGUUGGCAAUGCGGGGACACGGAAUUGAAGAAGCUGAUAUAUCUGAGCGAAGUGCAAAUGAAGAAAAUGGAGAUAUUUCAGAAGGUGACCAACCACAAAUUAAACAUAGUCGACAUAAAAAAAAGAAACACAAACAUCGAGGCAAACAUAAGAAACACAAACAUUCUUCAGAAGAAGAUAAGGACAAAAAGCAUAAACAUAGGCACAAACAUAAGAAACAUAAACGAAAGGAGGUUGCUGAUAUUUCUGAUAAAGAAGAUGGGCCAGCAAAAAGAACUAAGAUUGACUUCUUAGCUCCUCUAGAAGAUUUAGAGAAACAAAGAGCAUUAUUAAAAGCUGAACUUGAAAAUGAGUUAAUGGAAGGAAAGGUUCAAUCUGGGAUGGGAUUAAUAUUACAAGGAUAUGAGUCAGGUUCAGAAGAAGAAGGAGAAAUCAAUGAUAAAGCGAGAAAUGGAACUAGAUCUGCAAAUAAAUCAAAUGUUAAGGGAAAGCUUGAGAUUGUAGACAAUAAAAGCUCAAAGAAACGCAGUAAGAGCAGAUCAAAAGAAAGGACUCGACACAGGUCUGAUAAAAAGAAAAACAAGUCAGGAGUUGAUGGUAUAAAAGAGAAAGCUACUAGAAGUAAAUCAAAAGAAAGAAAGAAAUCUAAAAGCCCAUCUAAAAGAACAAAGUCUCAAGAUCAAAUAGGAAAGUCAAAAUCUCCAACUCUUAAAAGGCGCUCUCAAGAAAAAAAUAAGAAGUCACGGUCUCCUCCAGAAGAUAAAACUAAAGCAGAAGAGAAGAUCAAAUCAAGAGAUCGUAAAAAAUCUCCGGUUAUUAAUGAAAAUAAAAUUAGAGAUCGUAGCAAAAAAUCCAGAUCUCCAAUAGAACAAAGAAGCAAAUCCAAAGAUAGACAAUCAAGGUCAAAAGAUAGAAAAUCCAGGAGAUCUGAGACUGAAAAAGAAAAGAAGCUCAUCAAAUCACCUUCAAAAGAUAUGUCAUCAGGUAAAGAAAACAGGUCUCCUAGUAAAAGACCUGGUCGUAGUCCUAAAGGAAGAAGUUUAUCCCCAAAACCACGAGAUAAACUAAGACGUAGCAGAUCACCCCUGCUUAAUGAUCGCAGAUCUAAACAGAGUAAAUCACCAUCUCGAAAUCGGUCUCCCAUUAGGAAAGCAAAGAGCAGAUCAGCAGAUAGAAAAAGAAGAGAAUCAGAACGGAGGCGUUUUUCUUCUCCCAGAACACGAACUAGAGAUGACAUCCUCUCAAGAAGGGAGCGAUCAAAAGAUGCCAGUCCACCUAGAUGGUCUCCUGCAAGAAGAAGAUCCAGGUCUCCACUUCGACGAAGAUCUCGCUCUCCACUUCGACGUAGCCGAUCUCCAAGAAGGAGAAGUAGAUCUCCUCGGAGGAGAGACAGGGGUAGACGUAGUAGAUCUCGUUUGAGAAGGCGAUCCAGAUCACGAGGUGGCCGUAGACGACGGAGCAGGAGCAAAAUAGAAGAUAAAUAUAAGGGAAGCCUUUCAGAAGGAAUGAAGGUUGAGCAAGAAUCGUCAUCUGAUGAAAACCUUGAAGACUUCGAUGUUGAAGAAGAAGAUGAGGAAGCUCUAAUAGAGCAAAGAAGAUUACAGAGGCAAGCAAUUGUGCAGAAAUAUAAGUAUUUAACAGAGGAUAGUAAUAUGUCAGUGCCGUCUGAGCCAAGCAGCCCUCAAAGCAGUACUCGCAGUCGUUCCAACUCACCAGAAGGCAUUCUUGAACGGGUAGCAGCUGAUGUUAAAGAGUAUGAACGAGAAAACGUGGACACCUUUGAAGCCUCAGUGAAGGCAAAACAUAACCUCAUGGCAGUUGAACAAAAUAAUGGUUCAUCUCAGAAGAAAAUCACAGCUCCUGACAUGUUUACAGAAUCAGAUGAUAUGUUUGCUGCAUAUUUUGAUAGUGCCCGUCUUAGAGCGGCUGGCUUUGGAAAAGACUUCAAAGAAAAUCCAAAUCUCAGGGAUAACUGGACAGAUGCUGAAGGAUAUUACCGUGUUAACAUAGGUGAAGUGCUAGAUAAACGUUACAAUGUAUAUGGUUACACUGGCCAAGGAGUUUUCAGUAAUGUGGUUAGAGCCAGAGAUAUGGCGAGAGCAAACCAAGAAGUGGCUGUCAAGAUCAUUAGAAACAAUGAACUUAUGCAAAAAACUGGUUUAAAAGAACUGGAAUUCUUGAAGAAGCUCAAUGAUGCAGACCCUGAUGACAAAUUUCAUUGUCUACGUUUAUUCCGACAUUUUUACCAUAAGCAGCACCUUUGUCUAGUAUUUGAACCUCUGAGUAUGAAUUUACGAGAAGUUCUAAAGAAAUAUGGAAAAGAUGUUGGUCUCCAUAUAAAGGCUGUGCGAUCCUAUAGUCAGCAGUUAUUCCUGGCCUUGAAACUUCUGAAAAGAUGCAACAUUUUACAUGCUGAUAUCAAACCAGAUAACAUUUUGGUGAAUGAAUCAAAAACCAUUUUAAAACUUUGUGACUUUGGAUCAGCUUCACAUGUUGCUGACAAUGAUAUCACACCAUAUCUUGUUAGUCGAUUUUACCGUGCUCCUGAAAUUAUUAUAGGCAAAAUCUAUGACUACGGUAUAGAUAUGUGGUCUGUAGGCUGUACAUUGUAUGAACUUUACACUGGGAAAAUAUUAUUUGCUGGGAAAACCAAUAAUCAUAUGUUGAAACUUGCUAUGGACCUCAAAGGAAAGAUGCCAAACAAGAUGAUCCGGAAAGGAGUGUUCAAAGAUCAGCACUUCGAUCAAAACCUCAACUUUAUGUACAUAGAGGUAGAUAAAGUAACAGAAAGGGAAAAAGUGACUGUGAUGAGCACCAUUAAUCCAACAAAGGACCUGCUUGCAGAUUUAAUUGGGUGCCAACGCCUCCCUGAAGAUCAGCGCAAAAAGGUUCACCAGUUGAAGGACUUGUUGGACCAGAUCCUCAUGUUAGAUCCAGCUAAACGGAUUAGUAUCAACCAGGCCCUACAGCAUGCCUUCAUCCAGGAGAAAAUUUAAAUCCAGUGAAGAUAUCCAAAGGGUUUGAAUAGUUAAUAUACAAAGACUGAUGAAGUUUCACUGCAAUUUAUAAGUGUACAUAUAACAUAUAAAUAAUUCCCCUGCAAAAUUGAGGAAGAAUGAUAUAUUUCAAUUAACACAAAGGUGGAUUAUUUCUUUUAGAAAUGUUAGAGUAAAUCUGUUUGUCUCUCAUGUGAAGAUUUUUUCACUGUAGAAUUAUUUUUAAUUGCCAAGACUGCACAGGAGUACAGUGCUAAAGUAUAUGGUUGCAGUUCCUCUCAAAUAAUACACACACACAUGCGCACAUGGACGAUGUAUAUAUAUAAAAAAAAAUCUGUGAUGGAAUCUCAGUAAGACUGGGUGGUUGAUUUUGGUUUUUAGCAAAUUUGGCUUCAUUUUUGUCUCUGAAAAAUGGCCAGCAUAAAUGCUGUUUAUAUUACAUUUUCCUAGGUGUGUGCGUGCAGGCCACAGCAGCAUAUGCCCUUGGUGUAGUCAGUGCCGAAAGGGGUCUGUUCCUUCUUGAGCCUGCCCACAGGGAUGGUCUCCUCUUUUAAAGCAGGUUGCGUACAACUUUCAGUACACUGAAGGUAAGCUAAACCAUCAACAUCACGGGUGUUUAAGAUGUUAAUUGUACUGGAUCAACUGACAAACGAGAAUCGGUCACUCUGUAGCAGAAUUCCCUGCAUGUUUUAUAAAGGAGAUAUACCUAUAAUAUAUAAAUAUAUAUAUAAAUAUAUAUUAUUUUCUGGCAUUACAACUGUGGCAUAAUUCCAGCUUGUGUUUGAUCAUCACAUUCAAAGAAAAAAGUGGAGGAGUGUGCACUUGAUGGAGAGAGCGCCUUCAGUGUACUGUUUAUAUUACUUUUUUAAAAAUAUCAACUUGCUACAUAGACUUUAUACCUUUUGUUAAAUACAGUUCACGAUGGCAUAAAACCAGUACUUAAAGUCAUUUUCAUUUACUAACAACAAAUGCUAAGCUCUGGUUCCAAAAGUCCUUAUCUCCUCUUGGCCAGAUAGAAAGCACCAACAAUUCUUUUAGCUAUUUGUAUGUCAUUUGAAAAUGUACUGCUUUAUGCUAUAGGUGUUUUCAUUUGUUCAUUGUUUUCAUUAUUUGUGAUCAUGUUGUCUUUCAAUACAGGCAUAAACCUUCCACUCUUGAACAAAGCAGCUGCUUUUUAAAAGCGGUAAUUGCUUCUUUACCUUUUAUUUCUUUUGUAAAUGAAACUUUAAGAAAUGUGACUUUAAAGUGUUGUCUCUUGCAUAAAAUAGUUGACAUUCACUUAUUGUAAAGUGAAGAUUGUUCUGCUGCAUGUAAAGUGGACCAUGCAGAUUUCUGUAUGUUUUCGGUAUGCAUCAUUAGAUAAUAAAGUCUUUUGUGAACAAGGCAUUGGUAGCCCUUUUUAAAAGAUUUUUGUCUCCGGCGUUGCCGACUCAGGUAAACCAUAAGAAGAACUUUCCUUUUUAAUAGUCCUUUAAUUAAAACAAUUAUUAAAAGAUGUGAUCCCCUGAAAGAACUUUUAGACUAUUAAUUAUUGACAAUUCAGUGUAAAUGUUGUCCCAAGACCCCUGCAGAUAUUGUCUGCUUUCAUUGUUAAGAAAUUUAUUCCUGUACGUUAUUGAAUUAGAUGCAGGUUUUUAACUAAUGUUUGUGCUGUUUUUCUUACUUUUCCUUUUUGAUGGUGCUGAGAGAGACAAAGGAAAGCAAGUCACAGGCCACUCAACGCCUACUCCAGGGGGUCUGGUUUGCUGAGACACCAUCUUCACCUUCCUAACAAGGUUAUUUCUGACAGCAUGUGUAGAUAAAAAUUUAGCAACGACUUUUAAAAAUAGUUUGUUCAUCAUGAAGAUACCCAACUGAAUCAAUUGUUUGCCAACCCAAUAUUUUUUUAUUAAAAGCAGUUCAUACAACAGAUGAUUCGUGUAUGUUGCCUAGCUAAGAUGCUGUAUAAUAUUCUGAAGUUUAUAAGUAGGGUUUUUAAAAUCCAUAAAGGCAUGUACUUAAAACGAAGUCAUAUUUAGUGCAGCCAAACCUAUUGUUUGCUAAUGGGAUGCUUGCUAGAAGCUGUUCCCUACUCUAAUGGAAUAACAAACUACGACAGUAGUUGAUAAUAUUGUCUAUUUUGAACCUCUACGCCAGGCGUGUCAAACUCAUGGCUCGGGGCCCGGAUGCAUCAUGUGCUGGGCCUGCCCCCGCCCGGUUUAGCGAAGGGGGAAAAAUCCUGAUAUGACAUGUGACGACACCGUGAUGGCGUGAGUUUGACACCCCUGCUCUACGCUCUAAUGUUAACUUAAAAAGUAGUAAAUGUGAUUGUCAACUUAUUUAAAAUGUUUCUUGUUUGUGCAGGAAACAGCAACUUCACUGAAAUGAAGAUAAAUAUUACUUGAUAGUCUUUUGCACACACACUAAAAGGGCAUGCUGUUUUGACAAUGCUAUCAGCCUCCCUUGCGCAUCUAGUGGCAAUAUGACACAUGUCAUAAAAUGUGAUGGUCUUCACCAUUCGUUCGUGUCCCUGCUUCCAAAUAAUAAAAGACAAUUGUCAUGACAAUUCCAGUAGCAGCUACAACCUUCUCCCCCUCCCCCACUUAUGGCUACAAAAAUUUAUAAACUUUCCCAAGAAAAAACAAAGUUGCUUGUUUACUUAUUCUUUGUGUUAUAGGUGCCGUUCAAAUGAAGAGGAUGGCAACCAGAAGACAUGAACAAAGGUUUCUGUUCUCUAAAAGAUAUGCAAAACAUUCUUAUGUCUUUUUUUUUUUAAAGAAAAUUUUUCUUUUGUUCACAGCUCACAAAUAUAGACUUCAUUUACACUUUCUCAUGCCGGCAGUUCUUAGCAUAGUACUCUUGUGGUGAUGUUUUUUGUUUUCUUUAUAAAAAUACGUUCGUCUCAUUUCUGGAUAAGAUUUUUAUUGUAGUAAAACUGAAAUAGGCAACUGAUUAUAUUUUAAAUCCAUUAUAGAGGCUCUCUCCAUGCACAAAUUCAAAAUAUAAUCAAAUGCUGUUAUGGAAUUGCCGACAUAACUGCUUAAGACUUUAUAAUGGUAUAGUCAUAGAGGUAAUAUAUUAAAGUGUAUUUGGGUUGUCAACUAUUAAUACUCUGUGACACUCGGUUAAAGUGACAUAAAUUAUUCAGUCCUUUUGCAUUGUUUUAAGCAGCACAGUAUAGGAGUCUGGAUGUCUAUAUAAAAGAACCAUCUGGAUUCUGGUUUUGUUAAACACUAUGCAAUUAAUCCAUACUGCACUGGUAGUUUAGUUUUUGCCUUAUCCAGCAAUCCUAUUAGAUGUAGUGAACAAGGUGGUUUCACGUGGAGGCCAAUCUAAGUUUACCAAAAGAUUCUCGAAGGGAAGUUGUGAAGAAGCAUAAGUGAUGUUUAAAAUUCCUAACUUCUGGAAUAGUAUGUCACAGUUGGAAAUACAUUUUAAGUACUGUAUUCUUUAUUCUGUUCAUUGGUGUUUUGUGCUACUGCAUAGAUUGUAAAAACACAAAAAAUGUUUAGGAACACUUUUGGUAAAUGAUAUCGAAUACUCUGCUAAUAAUAUGUUUCCCUUCCUAUAUAGGGUAAGUGGAAAAUUUGUGACAGAAAUUUACAUGGCUUGAUGUGAGCUCAAGAAGCUGAACCAGUCUGAAAAUUCAGGAUAAUGUCUUUGCCACUGAAAUUGACAAGCUGUAACAGAGUUUUGAAUCCGCACGAAACAGAAAUUUUCUUUAAUAAAGCUUCAUUUUCUAUUUUUAA